AUGUAUAUCAAUGCCUAAAGAAAAUAUGGCGAUGGUAUUUGGUUAGUGUCCUGUUCUGUUGAUUUUACAGGAGGUGUUUGAUGUGUUUAUCGUGCUCAAGAUUGUAAUUAUAAUUUAAAUUCAGAGUAGAACUUAUUAAGACAAUGAGUUUCUUUAGUAAAGUAUUCGGUGGUAAAAAGGAACCGGUGUCUAUGUCGACAGCCGAGGCGAUACAAAAAUUGCGCGAGACCGAGGAUAUGUUAAUAAAAAAGCAGGAUUUCCUCGAAAGUAAAAUAGAGCUUGAAAUUCAAACUGCUAAGAAGAAUGGAACGAAAAACAAACGAGCUGCAAUCCAAGCCCUUAAAAGAAAGAAACGUUAUGAGAAACAGUUACAACAAAUUGAUGGUACACUUACCACGAUUGAAAGUCAAAGGGAAGCACUAGAAUGUGCAAAUACUAAUACUGCUGUACUUACUACAAUGAAAAAUGCAGCAGAUGCAUUAAAAUCUGUCCAUCAACAUAUGGAUGUUGAUCAAGUACAUGAUAUGAUGGAUGACAUAGCUGAACAGCAAGAUGUAGCAAGAGAGAUUUCUGAUGCAAUUUCCAAUCCUGUAGCAUUUGGAAAUGAUGUAGAUGAUGAAGAACUAGAAAAAGAAUUGGAAGAGCUUGAACAAGAACAACUUGAUAAAGAAUUGCUUGGUAUUGAAUCUACUGAUGAACUACCAAGUGUUCCAGCUACUGCUAUUCCAAUUGCCCCAACUAGGACUCGCACAAAAGCUAAACCAGAAGAGGAUGAAGAUUUGAAAGAGUUAGAAGCAUGGGCAUCAUAAAGGUGGUAUCAAUAUAUUUGUAAAAAUGAAUUUUUGUAAGAAACUGAUAGCUAAAAUGAAGUAUGUAUUGUUGAAAGAGAUAACAGUGUACAUGAAUACAUUUUUUUAGAUUCAAUAUCAUACAACUAUUCUAAUGUUAAUACUGUGGUAUUUUUAUGCACUGUUAAAAUGAUUAACAUGAUGAUGAAGUUCAUAGUAGUCAUUUUCUUUAUUACAGUAUAAAGAUUUUUUUAAUCAAUAUACAAAGAAGAAUCAUAAGUAAUAGCAAGUAUCUUAAAUACUUGCAUUUAUACUAGCCAAUAUACUCUACUGUUACAGUAAAAAAUAAAUUAUAUUGGACAAAUAUAUGAUAUACAUACAUAGUUAUAAAUGCUGGUAAAUUACAUACAUAUAAUUUCUACUAACAGUGAGAAAUACCUAUGAGAACACUUAUUGUAUAAACCUUUUGUUCAAAAGAUUAAAUUGUAAGAUAUUAUAAUUGCUUCAUAAAAUUUGGUUGUCAUUUUCAUGUAUAUAUGUAUAACAUAUUUUGAAAAGUAGCACAGUUGAAAUUGUUAAAUGGCCUUUUAAACUUUGUAUAAAUGUAUCUGCUAUAAAUAAAUUCAUUUAAAUGUA